AUGAUGUUCCCGCAAGUGACCUGUGAGGUGGGGCGGUUGACCUGUCGUUCGCCAGAUGAUGCAAGGGAAUUGGAGAUAUCAGGAAGUCUUGCUUACCUUUUUGACGCGGUUGAUGGACAACAGAGACUCCAGGAGCAGAUAUCUGAUGACCCUGAAAAUCCUCUGAAAGAGGACCCGAACGAAGGAAUCGUGGAAGAGCCCUUUGAAAUACCAGAGCUUCGCGAAAGGCUUCGCGUUAGUCGGCCCACCACUUUAUCCUCGACAUUCCUGUAUUAGCACAAUUCGGAGAACCCAAAUAUUAUGGAACGUGUGCAAAAGUUCCAGGCGACUCCUCACCCCCUAUUUUUAAAUGAAACAUUCAAGUUUCUUAUGUGACGGUAUUCCACCUCCAUGAGACUUUUGUUUUUCAUUCAAGUGGAAUGUUUGCAAGCCGAAUGUGUUGUAGAAUGAGUGUUCGAAUGGCAUCAUUUGGAAUCAUAAUGCCGACUGCGGUUGAAGAAAUCGUAGAGAGAUCUGGAAGCUUAUUAAUAUCCGCUCUUGUUGUCGUGUCGUUCACAUUAAAUGACGUCACUCUCGGGUGAGAGCAUCUGGCUGCAGAACGUAGUGAACUAUGAGGGCACCGAAUAGGGAAGUACGAACGGGACAUCAUGGGAUAACUGGAAGCGUCAGCAGAGCCACACUGAGAGAAGGACGAACCCAGAGACCCAAGUUCUGAAGCUAAGGCCCAAGCUGCGGUUCUGACCGAUCGUUCCGACACGACCCGCAGGUGGGGUCUGUAAAGCUCGGUCUGGCGAUCGAGUUCCUGGUCUGGUUCCAUCCACGAUUCGAAUCGGACCGAUCGGCCGAAAAAGGCGACCCGUGCAGGCCUCCGGCGAUCGGACAGGAGGACAGGAGGACGUCGGCUAUUACUACAUGGAAGACUAUCUGGUACCCGUGAAACUUUCAUGUCCUCGUACUUGAGGUUAAGCGACGUAUGUCCCGAAGCAUUUAAAUAAAACGCAGCUGGAAUUUUCAACAGUCAGGUGAAUAAUAUUGAGUUCGUCCUGUCAUUCACCUUCCC